AGGCUUAUUCAUGCUCUUCGGACUGAACAGCGUUCUUCUUGAAUAUUAUACAUAGUAAGUACACUUUCUCCACCACUUCUCAGUAUUCUACUUACCCAUCCUUACGUACUAGAAGUAGAAAUUUUUAUAUCAAUCACAUAUUCACCUCUUCAUCUACAAUUUCUACCCAUAAGUAACAUACUUAUAUGCAACUUCUACCCCUUAAUUUGAAUUUUUGUGAAUUUGAAACCUAAUUCCUUCACACCCUGACGAUGUUGAGGCUACUGAAUAGUUGUAGUUCCCGAUCAGUCGGUAUGAUCCGACAUGAGCCGCGCGAUUUUCCUAGUAGACUCUAUUUUUCCCUAUUUUCGCACUGUAGAAAUCACAGUUAUACAUCAGGAUCAGAUGACAAGAAUCAGAAUGAGAAGCUGCAUGUGCAUCAAGUUCAUCAAAAUUCGCAGCAGAGUGUUGGCGCUUUAUCUCCUAGCAUAGAUAGUUCAUUGAAAAUAAAGAAUGAAGGGAUCAUCAUCAUGAAGAAAGUAUUGCCAGACAGAAUGUGUCACACAGGAGCAAGAACGAGCAUGCAUGCCUUCCCGCCGAAUGGCCUGUCACUAUCGUUGCGUGGGAGAGCUCCAUCGCCGUUAAUCGCAGCAAUUUUAGAUCAGGCACAAAGUUCUGGCCUCUCCGAUAAAAUCUCGCCACCCGUUAAGAGAGGACAAGACAAGGAGGGACGUGUGACGCAGCAAACUCCAUUACUAGGCUAUGCUGAGGAAACUGGAGAUAAGUCUUUGCUUCACGAUAGACCUCAGUCUUUUGAUCGUUGUAGCAUUAGCAGCAGAAGCUGGCUCGCAGGAAAUCUGAAGCUACAGACUGAAACUCAGCAUAUACUUAGUGAGACGCAGCAAAGAAUAGAGUCUGGGCUGAGGGAUCUAGCCUCAGUAAGGAAAGCUUUAGACUUCCACCAGAAUUCUGAGAGUCCUUCCAGCAAAGAUGCCCUAGCCUGUCCUCCUGGGACGAGCAUGAGAGCGGGUCUCCAAGACAGCACGUUUCUCGAUGGUAGUGUUUUCUCAGCGACACAGGCCAGUCUUGAUAACGUUUUGGAGAGAAGACCGCAAAUUACACUGGAAGUCGAUGGUACUAGUAGAGCUCCUACGGGUAGUGCCACUGCUUGUUGUAGUCCUUCAGGUUCUGCUUUGAAACCUCCCAGUUCCACGUCAGGCUCAGGCGUUGUUCGAUCUGGUCAAUCUUCUUCUUCACGUGUAAGCGUACAAGGAAGUUCGGCUAUAACAAGCACCGCUGAUGUUGAUCACUUUGAUGUAGCCCCUAUUAUAGGCAAGGUAGGAAGUCGUGCUAAACAAGUAGACUAUUGCGUUGAAGAGCAAGUUAGCGUAGCUUCAUCAAGAAAAGAUAGUCCUCCGUUUCGUCCGCCGCCAUCCGCUCGCAAGUCGCGUGCCGAAUCUGUGCCUGUUUCCGGGAACCCUCGCAAGUCAACGAAUACUUCUAACGCUGCUGCUAAAAAAAGUAGAAGCAACUCCAUCUCAUCGACAAAUACUUCUUCACGACGACCACGCACAUCCGAGAAUCAGCGAACUUCUCGAAGUGGUAGUAAAAUAGACACAAGUAGAAAGGAAACAUCUUCUUCUUCAACAAAAACGGCAAAAACGUCGGGUAUCAAGAAAGGAAAGAUGCCGGCAGCUGCAAAUGCUGAACCUGCCGCUAAUCCUAAUUUGCGGAAAACGGGGCAGCACACCUUCAAGAGUGGCAAAUGUAUCGCGACAAAUCUAGAUGGGACACCUUGCAUGGAACCCUUCGCGCAUGCCUAUGUUCCGUACUGCAAAAACUGCCUCAAGAAGGGAGACCCGAGCCUUGGCGUCACUGCUCAUCCCAGAUUUGGUACAUAGAAAUUGAUUCUAGAUGCGUUUCUUGUGACCAUUAAGUGCAGUAUCGACAUCGAGUAGAAGCGAGUAGUAGAACAAGAAGUUGUAAAAAAACCUCAAAUUCUAAAAAAUCAGCGAAAAUAUAAAUCUUGAAUUCAUCACUAACGUCCUUAAUAACAGGUAGAAUGCUGUAUGCGAAGCGUGCAUUACCGGAGAAUUAUCUCAUGGCUUUAUGGGGUGACGUGCAGACCGAGGAAGAAAUCCCUGAUGUACUACUAACUAUCAUCUAGUCGUUUGUUAUCAAUUAUAGCUUGGAGAAUGGAGUUGGAGAAGAUGGAGGCAGUAAUUUGGCCUAGUUGGUGGAGGUGCAUACCUACUAAACUAGUACUUCUUGAACUUGAUGUUCUACAUCAUCGAAAAUGAAUCAUUCUGUUGAAAAUUGAUUAUCUUCGAUGACCCUCAUGCUUCAUGAUGUUGAGACACAACGCAAAUACCUCUCACAGGAAGAUGACGAAUGGGGUUUCGAGACUCAUGAUGGUAUGAACAUCAACCCGGUGAAGCAUGAAGGCUCCAUUCUUCAGUUUUCGCAGUGCCCGGGACCGCAUGAGAGGGUAUCCUAAAAGAACUAUUAUGAUCUCUUGUUUAGAAGCUGGUGCUAGCAUGAACAUUUGUUUUAUUAUAACCGCAGCUAAAAGUAAAACUAAUAAAAGGCUUACCGUUCUUAUCACCUUCGGGAUCAGGUUUUUAGCAUCUCUUUCUGACAACUCAACUCGUCGACUCUCCCAUAUUAUGAUAACUUUCUCACUACCAAUCGAGACCUACAGCUCGUCCUUAACCAAUCACAGACUUCGAUCGCUUUUGCUAAUCCGUAUUUGCAUAUGGAACCGAUGCCGGGUAAGGGCAAGAAGCGGGUCGAGAAGUAUGCUGCCAUGAUGUUCCGUACAGUGCGACCGGUCCCAAAGAACUAUCAACUGAAUAUGAUGUACGCAGGUAGCGAGAAAGAAACGAUUGGCUUCUUCGAGGAGCGAGGGUUGACCAGGUAAUAUCUAUGAUUAAAAUUUUAGAACAUCAGAGCAGGAUGAACAAUAGAAGGCUUCAUGUUGAAUGAAGAUGUAGUUGAGAAGAUGAGUUGUGGAGAAUGCUUAAUUUUUCUGCAACAAAUACAAAAGUAAGAGUAACAUGAAGAUGAUCUUCAAACACAGAUGCGACGUUUGGACUUCCAAGCAUCCAACGUUUUUGCGAAAAAACGCCACAGUGGACAUGCUAAUGUGUGAGCCGCCAAAGGCGAAGAGCGUGCGCGAGGAAAUCCAGGUAGUAAAACAGUCCAAGAACAAGCCGAAGUCAGGUGGCUGGAACACACUGAACCUGAAUGAUCCGCUCUUGGCCGACUUCCAGAAGGGUCUGAAGAAAUUCACGGACAAGGACACUGAGAGGCUCCACAAGCGAGAGCUGCAACUUCGCGCCGGUCUGCCAGCAAAAGGAGGAGCGAAGAAGGCUGUAUCCUCAAGUGGGAAGUCGAACAAAAAAUCCAAGACCUCACUGGCGUCCAAGGGCGGAGCGAAGAAGGCUAGCAGCACGAAGGAUUCGAAGAAGAAAGGUAAUUGUCGUGGAUAUAAUCAUGAAUAAAUAUGGAUAUACUUACGAACAUGGAGCAGCUUAAUAAGUCAUCUUCACAGGAGUAGGAAUGUUAAUUCUGAGGAAGUUUCUCAACGCGGUCAACGUCCUCUUCUUCACGACGACCUUUUUCUUGCCAACUACAGGUGUCAAGAAAACUUCGAUUGCUGCUAAGCGUUGAGUUCGGUCUAUCUUUGCGAUUUUCUCUUCACCUGGUGCCGAUUACAUUAAAUACGUCGAUACCUGGAACUGGAAAGAAGAACAACAGAUGAAAGUCGCUACAUGUUUUUUUACGUUUCGCAGCAUCUUCUUCUUCAGCAGCUAUAAUUGACGUACCAGCUAUGUCGUCCUCCUGUAAAGCAGUAGUUUACUGAAGAGUUGGACUUACUACCUGUUCGAUGAAAGCAUUGUUUCUUCUCACAGCUAUUCUCCUUGAAAAGUACUAGAGUUCUUAGAUGUAGAGGUUCACGUUCAACAUAAUGAGCAGCAGGCGCGAACUUCAUCUAGGCAUGCAGCAGGGUUAUGGGCUGAACCUUCAGUCAAAGUUCUUUGUAAAAGACCUUUGAAAAACAACAUCAACAGAUGGAGAUUUCUUCAACACGAUGACUUUGAUGACUCCUACUGCCCGAAUAAAAGCGUCGCCAGUCUUUUUACGCCCCUGCUCUUGGACCUGUUUUGGACCGUUUGUAUGAAAUUUACAUUAGAAAUAGAAAUUAUCAAAAUCAGGUCUCCUGAAACAAACGGAACAAUUUGAAGCAAUUUAGGAACAUCAAUAGCGGACGCUACAAGUACGACAAUCUACAAGUUAGUACAACAAGUGGCGUUUUGAUGUAACGACCCUCAACCCAGCAAGAACGAACCAGCUAUCAUUCCUAUGUAUUGGGCAACUAUUGUUAACAGCUACUAUUUGAUUUCACUUUCAGUAUUAUUUUCUUGUUUGGUCACGAUCUUCAUCCACGACGACUUAUAUCUUUUAUUUUUAUCAUUUCCUUGUCUCAAUUGCCGGGUCUCCAGAUGAUGUUGUUGUCCAAUGACAGAACUCUUUGUGGACUUAAGAAAGGACGACUUCUAUCUUGUUGUUCAGCUUGAAAUGAUGCGAGGACCAGGUGCAGGUCAAUACGAGCAGGAAAGGGAAACUAGCAGCAACUUCUAUCAAGCUCUACAUAAUUUGCUGUUCAAUAAGAGACGUGAAAUUUCGACGAGCUGUUCUUCUUGUUGCUAUUAAUUAAAGACUUCAUGAUCUAAAACAAGAUGUAGAAGUUGUACUAGUUUAACUAUCGAUCUAUCCGUCAUCAAACUGUAAAGGAUUGUAUAUGGGAGUUGGUUUUUUAAGAAUAAAUGUCCUCACAAUAUUUGUGUCUCGCUAUUGCUCCUACCGAGGUUGGAGGUUCAACUCAGAUUAAACAGGGGCAAAAAAAAAGAAUUGUAGAAUUCAUUCAAGGGUCAUGAAGGUGAACAUACUUCUUCUGCUGUGGGCUGUGAUCAUUUAAGUGCAACCCUACCUCCUCCGUUGCAUGGAAGCAACAAGAAGAAAUUUGCUGUCUAGCGAACUGAUUUUUAACAUCCUGACAACCACAACAACUGAGUUUUUCUCCACCCUAUCUGCUGAAUUGCUUAAAAAUAAUUCAAAUGAAAAAGAAGGCGGAGGAUCUGAACGGAAGGCACAACUGUUCCCUUAUUUGCACAAAAGAAAUAGACAUGUCGAGGAUGUUGACCUGCUCGACGUCGACCUUGCGUGGUCUCUCUGUCACCUGGUUGUGG